GCGCGGGGGGGUCGGAUGCAGCACCGCGGUUGCAGAGGUGCCACCACCACCCGGGGAACUGGCGGGGAUUCGUCCCUCCAGCCGCCGCCCGGGCAGGCUCCCCCCGCACUCGGUCCCGCCCGCCGGGAGGGGCGGCCCCAGCCCGGCCCGGUCCCGCCUCCGCGGAGCAGUGCGGUCAGAGGCGCGGAGCGGAGCCCGGGAGCCGCGGAGAUGCUGAACUCGCCCUGGGCCCGCUUCUACUCCAACAGCUGUUGCCUCUGCUGCCAUGUCCGCACCGGCACCAUCAUCCUCGGCGUCUGGUACCUGAUUAUCAAUUCGGUGGUAUUACUGAUUCUACUGAGCGCCCUGACCGAUCCUGACCAGUACCACCUAACGAGUGCUGAAUUAGGGGGUGAAUUUGAAUUUAUGGAUGAUGCCAAUAUGUGCAUUGCCACAGCAAUUUCUCUUCUUAUGAUUCUGAUCUGUGCAAUGGCUACGUAUGGUGCAUACAAGCAACAUGCGGCUUGGAUCAUCCCUUUCUUCUGUUACCAGAUCUUUGACUUUGCUCUCAACACGUUGGUUGCCAUCAGUGUCCUCGUCUAUCCCAGCACAAUUCAGGACUACCUCCGCCAGCUGCCCAGCAAUUUUCCCUACAAGGAAGAGAUUAUGUCUGUGAACCCUACGUGUCUGGUUGUGAUUAUCCUCCUUUUCCUAAGUAUCAUUUUGGCAUUUAAGGGUUACUUGAUAAGCUGCGUGUGGAACUGUUACCGAUACAUUAAUGGGAGAAACAACUCGGAUGUGUUGGUGUACAUUACCACCAAUGACACCGCGGUCCUGUUGCCACCAUACGAUGAUCCCGUGAACGGAGCUGCUAAAGACCCACCACCACCUUAUGUGUCAGCAUAAGUGAGAGAGUGCUGUGUACCUAGGGAGGAUAGUUUUACUUUUCCAACAAUGGAGCAAUAGUUUGAUAAUUUCACUUCCAGAAUAUAACCUCUAUGGGUUAUACAUUGCUGUUUUGCUGACAUAUUGAAACCUAAAUUGUAUGAUUUAAAUUCUGUAGAUAGUUUUAAUAACUUGCUGCAACUACAGUAGUGUUUCAGAAACUAGUGAACUAGUUUCAGAACAAUUCUGGGUAGUGCUAAGCUUAAAGUAGUCACUAAAUAGAUUUUUCCACCAUGCCUGACAUGCAGUGCUAGAGAACAUAGAACUUCGUAUUCUCAAUCAGGUUCAGAGUGUAACUUUUUUUUUUUUUAAUUUAUUUUUUUUAAUUUGUAAAACUUGCAAGGCAUUACAAAUGUGUUUCUCAGAUGCCCACUUUCACCCUCAGAAUACAGACCAAGUCCAAACAAGUGAUAUUCCACUUCAUCCAUUUUCUGCAAGAAUUUAUUAAGUUAUUAUGCUAUAAAAGAUGAUGUUUGCAAGAAGAGGAAUGAGUCUUACACACUAUUCUCGUCAGCCUGGCUAACAGGGAACAAAUUUAAUUGGGAAGAAUAAGUAUGAGAAAAGAGAGUAGGAAAAGCACUCUGUGAUGUGUAACAAGUCAGAACCUGUGUUCUACGCGAACUUACUUUGUCCCAGCCUGCAACCAUUCUAAUACUCAAAAAAAGAGCUCUUAUCAACUUCUGGUGAUUUUCUUCUCCUGCCUACACACCUUUUUCCUCUCCACUAGCUUCACAAAUAGUAUUUUGAGGUCACAAAAUCCCUGCUUAAAAAGUCCCAUGGUUAGGUGAAAAAGCUAUGUCUUCUGCACUCUGUAUGCACAUGUUUUCCCAUUGGAAUGUGCCUGUAAAUAUCGCAAUGUUCUGCUAAGUAUGAAUCAAAUUACGUAGAUUCUAAGAUAUAUGUUCCCACCCUACGGGAAACCUAUGCAUGUAUCUUCCUCAAGCAUUAGCAGGUAUGGUUUCAUGUUUCUCAUAUACAUCAAUGUGGGGAUUUUAGAUUCCUUUUAUGACUGAACUGGUUGUGCUGAGAAUAUUUCUCAUGGGACUCAUUCAUCCAUGAACGCUUGAGGUAUUUAUUUCUUCCCUAGAGAAGUGCCUCCUGCACACGUAACUUUUGUUGCUGAUGAAGGUUCUACUUCUAAUUGAAAAAGCAAAGGAAAAGGGAAUAUAAUGUGUGUCUCUACCUCUCAUCAUUUCCCCCUGUGUUGUCUACUCUGCGUUUGUGGUGGUUGAACAGGUUGACACUAGACUGAUGCCAUUGCUCACCACCCCGGGUACAGAGCAGUGAGAGCUGAGGCACAGUUUGGAGGGGCACCAGAAGAAACCAAGGUACCAUCUGUCCUGCCACUGGGGUGCCAUGGUAGUCCACACCCUUCCUAAGGGGGACACCCGUUCUCACCCUCAGUGCACUAACUCCAUUCAGCAGACCAAAGAAGCGCAGAGGUUUUCCUGCUUUAUUUCUGGAAAUGAGCUUUCCAGGGGAACACAGGACCAACAAUUUCUUUUCAUGGAGGUUGCCACUGUCCUUGCAGAGGCCAAGGAAGGAAGGGCCAGGGUCUUUCUGCCUGUCCCUUCCACACCCCUGGGAAAAGGCAGGUCCCCCAUGUUGGGAUUCAUCUGCUCUGAGAUGAAACUAAACAAUGCUUUUGACUGAAGUCCAUACAUUGAUCUCUGUCACAGUCCUAUUGCUUCCUUCAGAACAACUCAAUGUAUUAUUAUUUCAUUACAGUUAUCUUCGGGAAUUAAUCUGAAUUUGGGGUUUGGGCUGGUUGGCUGGGCUUCUGAGCUUAAUUUUCUUUCAUUCUUGACAGAUUUGUGAAGGAUUUUAAACAGUCAUCUGUUUGAGAAAAACUGGUUGUAAAUACAUCACAACUGUGUAUACAGACUUCUCUACAAUAAAAGGAUGUUUCCUCAA